AUGGCGGUCCUGGCCAAGCAGAUCGACCGACCGCUCCGUCACCAAUUGUAUCGGUACGGUAUCAUACCCCAUCGUAUCGCCAGGACCCUCAAAAAAAAAUCAGACCAACCACGAUACAUACAAAAUUCCACCUCCAACUCCUCGCUUAUUCCCGCACUUGACCGAGUCAAACCCGUCCCGGGCUGCCGUACCCCAAAUACCGUUACCACUUUGGGGAGGCAGUUUGCUGUUAUCAUGCUAUCAUAACCAAGCUCGUCGAAGCAAUCGUUUUCGGCGCACUCGGCACACCACCACACUUUCCCGCUUCCGACGGACGAUAGGUCAUGAUAGGGCGUGCCCGGCGGAGGGCUUCGCUCCGUCCUAUCAUCGAUUGGUAUGAUAUGGCAAAGGGCUCCUCUUACCGUGUGGUAUCAUAUUCGUCCAAGCCACUUCGCUUCUGGUGAUGGGCUCGAUGCUACGCUUGCAUAGGGUACCGGUACAAGUAUGAUAUCGUGCAAAUUCCCAUCCCUGACCAAUCCGACCAAACAUCAUACCCACCACCGAUAAUCACUGAUAGCCUCCCCCGAACGAGCACCGGUACAGCCCCGCAACUCGGUCAUCGUAUUUAUGAUACAAAGGCAUAGACCCCCAGGCAAGCGAUGACUCGGAUUUAUCACCGGGCCCUUACCACGCUCGACAUCGAUCGCGCGGUCCGUAUGCGUAUCAUCGUGCCCAUUUCAUGCAGCACACAGAGUACUGUACAAGUACAUACCGAGUACAUGCAUAGAGCACCGUCCUCUCGACUAAGAGUACUGUAACAAACUGGGUACAUGCAUCCCAUGAACAACGGCACCCACCCCCGCCCCGGGGACCACAACUCCAGAAGCGGGUGAGUUGGCGGAUUUGUGCAGUUACUCGAGUAUAGACUUGUAUAGGCGAUCAUUGCAACGCGCGUUUGUUUCACGAAAUCCCUGUGUUUUUUUUUUGUUUUUUUU